UUAUGAAUUGCUUAACACAUAGUGUUCUUUUCAAGUCAUUAUGGACUCGUCCAAUUUAUAGAGCAGGCAAUUUAUACACUUGGGGAGUUCAUAGUUUAGGUUGUGGAAUCAAUUAGGAUUCAUAAAGAGAUUAAUUGAGACCAAGAAGAAUAGAUGCAUUUAAUGGUAAUGUGGCUAAAGUAUAUCCAAGUGAAUACUUUACUGCAGUCAUUACAGGUAUACAUUUAAUAUUAAAUAAUAAGAUAAUGGUGAUUUAUAUACAUUUGGUCACAAUUAAUAUGGAUAAUUAGGCUUAGGCAACACAGAAGAACAUUAAACACCUUAAUUGGUUAAAUUCUUUAGAGAUAAAGGUUUAAAAGUUACUGAUGUGGCUUUGGGAUCAAAUCAUGCAAUUGCUUUAGCUUGUAAUAUCAAUAAUUUUUAAUAUUUAAGCUGAUGGAAAUGUUUAUACUUGGGGAAAUGCAAAUAACUCAUUUUUAGAUUAAUUAUAAGGUAAAGUUAGUGGAUUAGGAGAUAACUAUUAGAAUAAUGUUGUAACUCCUUAAGCAGUUUAAAAAUUAGCUGGAACUCCAAAAGGUAAAUUUGUUAGUGCUGGUAUCAAUCAUUCAAUUGUUGUAAAUGAAAACAAUUAAGUCUAUGUAUGGGGUGCAGGAAAGAGAGGAGAAUUAGGUAAUGGAUGCAGUCUCAAUUUCAAAUAUCCAGAACUUAAUCCUAUAUUUGAAUAAUUGAGUAAAUCUGGUUACACAAUCUAGAAGAUUAAAUCUUGCUUUGCUGGAACAUUAGCAUUAUUAAGUAUAAUCUAUAAUAUUAUGUUUUCAGAUGAAGGAAUAGUUGUUGGAUGGGGUAGAAGUUAUUAUGGUUCAUUAGGAGUCAGAUAAUAAGAAUAUGUAGUAACAGAUUUAGUAAUAUUAUCAAUAUAUACAAUAGGAAAAUUAUGCUCCAACUCCAGUUAAUUUGAAAUACUUCUAACCUAAUGAAAAAGUGAUUGAUUUUGAUCUAGGAUAUAAUCUUUCCUUGUUUUUGACAGAUUAAAAUAGAAUCUAUUUAUCAGGCUAUGAUGAGAGUUAUGUUCCAAGACCCAUUGAUUUACCUAAAGAUGAAAAGAUACUCAAGUUCUCUGCCUCAAAUAACUGUUAUGCAAUUUUAACAGGUAUCAUUUUAAAUAUUAUAUUUUAGACAAGAACUUUUAUACAUCAAAUGAAUAUGUGAUACCAUAAUAGAAAAGAAAUUUAGGAUUCUUAUUCAAAAGUCAACCAAAAGAAUUAUUUAAUAAUGGAAAUAUUGAAUAGUUUGGAGGUGGAUAUAGAGUCAGAUAUGCUAUAGUAAAUAAUUGAAAAUNUACUUUACUGCAGUCAUUACAGGUAUACAUUUAAUAUUAAAUAAUAAGAUAAUGGUGAUUUAUAUACAUUUGGUCACAAUUAAUAUGGAUAAUUAGGCUUAGGCAACACAGAAGAACAUUAAACACCUUAAUUGGUUAAAUUCUUUAGAGAUAAAGGUUUAAAAGUUACUGAUGUGGCUUUGGGAUCAAAUCAUGCAAUUGCUUUAGCUUGUAAUAUCAAUAAUUUUUAAUAUUUAAGCUGAUGGAAAUGUUUAUACUUGGGGAAAUGCAAAUACCUCAUUUUUAGAUUAAUUAUAAGGUAAAGUUAGUGGAUUAGGAGAUAACUAUUAGAAUAAUGUUGUAACUCCUUAAGCAGUUUAAAAAUUAGCUGGAACUCCAAAAGGUAAAUUUGUUAGUGCUGGUAUCAAUCAUUCAAUUGUUGUAAAUGAAAACAAUUAAGUCUAUGUAUGGGGUGCAGGAAAGAGAGGAGAAUUAGGUAAUGGAUGCAGUCUCAAUUUCAAAUAUCCAGAACUUAAUCCUAUAUUUGAAUAAUUGAGUAAAUCUGGUUACACAAUCUAGAAGAUUAAAUCUUGCUUUGCUGGAACAUUAGCAUUAUUAAGUAUAAUCUAUAAUAUUAUGUUUUCAGAUGAAGGAAUAGUUGUUGGAUGGGGUAGAAGUUAUUAUGGUUCAUUAGGAGUCAGAUAAUAAGAAUAUGUAGUAACAGAUUUAGUAAUAUUAUCAAUAUAUACAAUAGGAAAAUUAUGCUCCAACUCCAGUUAAUUUGAAAUACUUCUAACCUAAUGAAAAAGUGAUUGAUUUUGAUCUAGGAUAUAAUCUUUCCUUGUUUUUGACAGAUUAAAAUAGAAUCUAUUUAUCAGGCUAUGAUGAGAGUUAUGUUCCAAGACCCAUUGAUUUACCUAAAGAUGAAAAGAUACUCAAGUUCUCUGCCUCAAAUAACUGUUAUGCAAUUUUAACAGGUAUCAUUUUAAAUAUUAUAUUUUAGACAAGAACUUUUAUACAUCAAAUGAAUAUGUGAUACCAUAAUAGAAAAGAAAUUUAGGAUUCUUAUUCAAAAGUCAACCAAAAGAAUUAUUUAAUAAUGGAAAUAUUGAAUAGUUUGGAGGUGGAUAUAGAGUCAGAUAUGCUAUAGUAAAUAAUUGAA